GUCUCCCCACACACAGCCAGGCGAUGGGCCUCUUCUCAUACAUGACCUCCUUCCUCCCCGGGGUGCCAUGGCAUUUCUGGGGCAGUGUGGACUCUCUACUACAAGGUGUGGUCGGGGCCUGCGCCGUCUCCGUCCUCUACAACCUCAUGCGGGUUCAUCUCUUCAUCAAAUGUCUCAACGAUCCGGACAGACAGGAUAAAGCCCCGCGGCUCGGAUCUCAGUCCCGCCUCCGCGGUUUGCUGCACCUGGUGCUGCUGAGCGUCAUCUACGCGUUCCUGGGGCCGCGGGUGGGAGCGCUGGUGGUCCUGGAAUUCUCCCUCCGCGCCGUCUCCAUGAUCCUGUCCAUGCAGAAGGCGUCCCAGAACUCGCAGCUCUUCCUCCUCUGUCAGUUCUCGUUGGGUUGCGGCAUCACCUGCAGUCUGGAUUAUCUCCAUGAAGGGGCGCCGCACCGCACCUGGAACCUGCUGCUGGCCGCCGGCCUCUCCGGCCUGAUCGUGUGGCAGACGCGGCGGAUGUGCCGCCAUGUUGGGGAGAUGUACCGGCUGCACAGCAGCGAGCGAUACUGCGGGGUGUGUCUGACUCUCCUGGCGUGCUGGCGCGACAUGCCGGCGGUCCUGUGCCGGGCGCUGAAGGUCGCCUUCCUGGUGUCGGAGGAGCAGCACCAGCACCCCACGGAGCAGAUGGCGCUGCAGACGGUGUGCGUCCGCAUGGGGGGUCUCCUGAUCCUGAUGAUGACGGUGGGCCGGUGGGCGGACAUCCUGCACAUUGUCUUGUCUCUGAUUGGAGAGAUUUGGUGUCUGAUGUUCUCCGGGAUGAUGCUGCAGAUCUGCCGAGAGGAGGAUUACGGGAUCGGAGCACCAAACUCUAGGAGGGCCCCGGGCCCCGGAGAACACAAAUGGCCCCUGAAGACAGAAGCCCACCUGGAUGGUAGAGACUGAGCGGCGGCGGACUAUGAGCCCGGGGACAACUGU